GCUGGACACAACUUUGCCAAUGCUGAUAUGAGUUACAUGAAGACUUUGUGUGGCACUUUCUUGCAUGGCCCCAAAUUGCCAGAAAGGUUUGAAUUUGCUGGUGAUUUGGUCUUGCCAAAAAGCUUCGAUUCAAGGCAACAAUGGCCAAACUGCCCGACCAUUAGUGAAAUCAGAGACCAAGGCUCUUGUGGUUCCUGCUGGGCAUUUGGUGCAGUUGAAGCCAUGUCGGAUCGUGUUUGUGUCCAUACUAAUGGCAAAGUGAAUGUGGAAAUUUCUGCUGAAGAUCUGCUCUCUUGCUGUGGAUCUGAAUGUGGGAUGGGAAUAGGGACUUUAGCCACCUGUCCCAUAAAAGAUUAUUUUCAAAUGGUGUUUUAUUCUGUAUUGUAUCCAAUAGGAUGUAGGCCAUACUCUAUUCCACCCUGUGAGCAUCACGUCAAUGGGACUCGCCCUCCAUGCACUGGAGAAGGUGGUGACACCCCUGAAUGCAUCAAAAAAUGUGAAGCUGGUUACUUUCCUUCAUACCAAAAUGACAAACAUUAUGGAAUGACUUCGUAUAGUGUCCCUGGCAGUGAGAAAGAAAUAAUGGCUGAGAUUUACAAAAACGGACCAGUGGAGGCAGCCUUUACUGUUUAUUCUGAUUUUCUCAUGUACAAAUCAG